UGUGGUCAUCACGCAUCUGUCAAAAUAACAUCCUUUUUCCCAAGUGUUCCGUGUUCGUACAGACGUUGUGAGAACGUCAUGCCAUUCGCACGAUAUGUUGAGCCAGGGCGCGUAGCCCUGGUCGCGGAUGGAGCUCUCAAGGGAAAGCUUGUGAGUGUUGUCGAUGUCAUUGACCAGACACGCGCGCUUGUCGACGGACCCGGUAGCGGAGUACCGAGACAACAGAUCCGUCUCAAUCAGCUCCACCUCACCAAGUUCCGUCUGAAGUACCCCUUCACAGCCCCCACACGUGUAGUGAGGAAAGCUUGGACAGAUGCUAAGCUGAACGAAAAAUGGGCUGAAAGCCAGUGGGCGAAAAAUCUCGCAAACAAGGAGAAGCGCGCUCAGAUGACAGACUACGAUAGGUUCAAGCUGACCAGCGCCCGCGUUAAGAGGAACCGCGCCAGAACAGCGACGUUCAAGAGCUUGAAACUCAAGGCGGCGCGCGCCGGAGUCUUCGGCAAGAAGAAGAUCCCCAAAUCCAAGGCGAAAAAGCCACGCACCAAGAAACCCGCCUCCAAAAAACCAGCAAAGAAGUAAUUCCAUUUUGUGUCUGAAGGAAACUUGUAUUUAAUAGGACUACAAAUAAAGAAUUACUUUUAAGCUA